CAGUUACAUGCCGCUGCUGUUAAUGGUGAUAAACAUUACUUAGCAAGACUACUGACAGCCUUUCAUCAUUAUAUUGAUUAUGGUGACGAGUUCGGUCGUAAUGCCCUGAUAUUCUGUAUACUGGCUGACAGGUAUGAUUGUGCCGAGUUGUUAUUGAAGAAUGGCUGCAAUAUCAAUCAUAGAGAUAAAGGUGGACGGACUCCGCUACAUUGGGCAGCUCACAAG